AAGGAAGACGGCGCGGCCCUCCCUCCCCCCGGGCACACACACAGUUAAUCCUCUGCGGUUGCUGUUUGGAUAGGACCCACUGGGAGCAUUGGAGGCUCCGGGCUGCGCACAUCUGGCUGGGCUUUGCUCCCUGCGCGUCCGUCCUGCUUUCUUCAGCUCUUCCUUUACUUUUGAGAAGCCCUGUUUCCGCUUCUGGCCAGAGAGAGAGAGAGAGAGAGAAACUGGGAGCAGAAGAGACCAAGGUGCCGAGGCGGGACUGGCUGCUGCCUGCCUGGGUCUCUCCCUUUCCGGGCCUUCUCCCCGGAGGGCUUUUUCCUUCUUCCCCGCUCUCUCCCUGGACAAGUCUGUUCUGCCCCGACCUGGCCCGGGGGUGGCUCUGCCGCCGAGAGAUGCUUUAGGAGGCGGUGCUGGGAGAGCCCGGAGGCCGAGGGGAGGACGCCAGCUGGAGCAGGGCACGGCGGACCAUGGGCUCCCGCGGACCCGGACCUGCGCUGGCGUGCUGCCUGCUGCUGGCCUUCGCCUGUGGGCCGGUGCUGGGCCACCUGCCGCCUGACCGGCGGGACCCGCAGGAGCUGGAGGGGACCCAGGAGCCGCUGCUGGACCACACUGACAGGGCCGAGGAGGAGCAUGAGAAGUACAGCCCCCGGCAGGACGAGGAGCCCCCCGCUUCCCAGUGCUAUCGCUGCUGUGACCCCGGUGCCCCUGUGUACCCCGCGGUGCCGGUGCCGCAGAUCAACAUCACCAUUCUGAAAGGUGAGAAGGGUGACCGGGGACUUCGGGGCCUGCAGGGGAAAUACGGCAAGACGGGUGCGGCGGGCGUCCGGGGCCACAUGGGACCCAAAGGGCAGAAAGGCUCCGUGGGGGCCCCCGGGGACCGGUGCAAGACCUACUACGCCGCCUUCUCGGUGGGCCGGAAGAAGCCGCUGCAUAGCAACGACUACUACCAGACGGUCAUCUUCGACACGGAGUUCGUGAACCUCUACGGCCACUUUAACAUGUUCACGGGCAGGUUCUACUGCUACGUGCCUGGCAUCUACUUUUUCAGCCUCAACGUGCACACCUGGAACCAGAAGGAGACGUACCUGCACGUCAUGAAGAACGAGGAGGAGGUGGUGAUCCUGUACGCGCAGGUGAGCGACCGCAGCAUCAUGCAGAGCCAGAGCCUGAUGCUGGAGCUGCGGGACCAGGACGAGGUGUGGGUGCGCCUCUUCAAGGGCGAGCGCGAGAACGCCAUCUUCAGUGACGAGUUCGACACCUACAUCACCUUCAGCGGCUACCUGGUCAAGCACGCGGCGGAGCCCUAGCCGCCGGCCGGCCUCCUGCUGCCCCGCCACCCCCCACUCCCGCUGCGCGCCACGGUCCCUCGGCCCAGCACUGGGCCGACUCCCCCAGCUCUUCCCCCAAUCUGGCUGCCCCCGGUCCCCACGUCCCCAGCCUGGCAUUCGGCAGGAGGCCCUUCACAGGAAGGGGAGGGGGAAAUGGCCCUGUGGUUCCAGGUCUUACUGUCUCCGGAGACAGAAUGGGGUGGGGGGGUCUCUGUGGGGAGCAAAGCUCAGAAGCUCCGAGGCAGAGCCACAGACCCUGGCAUGGCCUCCAUGCCUGUCACCCCAGCGUCAGCUCCUGUCCCUUCUCUCAGACGUGUCGACCACUCCCGACAAUUAGAUGACAUGUCCUCUGACCGUGCCCCACCUCCCAGCACACGGUCUCAGACUCCUCUGUCCCAGAGGGCUCAGCCUCCAGUCACCCCCCCCAUGCCCUCCCCCAGGCCUGCGACCAGCUCCUAACAACCACCACGCAGGAGCAGGGGAGAGCCGGGGGGAGGGGCUGGAAGGCUCCCCUCUGCCUGUCUCAGGGCUUCUGUGGUGCUCAGUCCCUGACACCUGGGAGGAGGCACGUGCCAACCAGUGGGGUCAGAGCCCCCUCUCCAGGGUGGGUGGGCUGCUGCCGGGAUUGGUGCUGUGGCCUGCGGCCGACUUUGGCCUGGCAGUCCUUCCUGCCUCUCAGGAACACCCCGGGCUGGUCACUCUCCUGCCUGCCUGCCUGCCUGAGCCCCUCCAGGAGGCUUCCCUCCCACCACCAGGUGGCCGUGGCCUUGGCCUUGGUCGGUGCCUCUGCCCGCCCUGGGCCUGGCCACAGCACACCCCCCCUCUGAAGGACUUCUGCCGGUCAGACGCUGGGACCUGCACCCCCUGGGGGCACCCGCUACCGCUUCCUGCUGUCCUCAUGUGCUCUCAGAAAACAUUAAACUUGGAACUGAGUUUCAGCAUCGA